AUGGGUGGCGAGGACUCCGGAAGCGCACUAGCCAAUCGGGUGGAUGCACGUUGUGGCUACAAUAACCUUGAUUCAUUCUUUGCUAGACGCAUCGUCAGCGAGCUGGAUGCUCUAUUGAAUGAGCAUAAUGAAUUGUUGAAAAUAUUCAAAUCCCACAUGCACAAAUUAGAAAGCGAUAAUCACGCUAUUGUUAUUAAUCCUGAUAAAACACCAGCUGGAGAACACAUUUGUAGAUUCAAUGCACCGGUUGCUGACGACGUUGCUGGAAUCAUGGUUGGCGAUCGUACAGGAGCCGAAACAAACAAGAACGUUAGCUCGAAGGAUUAUUAUGCGUAUAGAUUGAAGAUUAGACGCGGGCUGGAUAACGUCAUUCUACGAUUUCGAGAGCUUUGUCAACAAUUCAUGGUCGACAUGUACGCGAAGAUAGAAGGCGAACGACUACGAUACUUACGAUAUAAUCAACUCAAGCUACGUCUGGAAGAGUACAUUCAUUUGCGAGAUGCUAUUGUCAACAACGCCGACGCCGCCGAAAUUGAAAUUCCCGAUCCGUCUACUGAUCAAUUGCUGUUUGAUAUUGUUACAGCAAACAUGAUUCAUGGCCCACGCGGUACUUUUAAUCGUUCAUCGCCUUGCAUGUCAGAUGGAAAAUGUACAAAAAAUUUCCCUAAAGAUUUCACUAACGAUACAAUCACAAAUGUCGACGGAUAUCCAAUAUAUCGUCGAAGGAAUCCAGAUAAUGGCGGACAAUCAUUUAUUAAAAACAUCAGCAACACAGACAUUGAUAUUGACAAUCGUUGGGUCGUGCCAUAUUCGCCCCUGCUGAGCAAAACAUACAAUGCUCAUAUUAAUGUUGAGUUCUGGAGUUCUGUGAAGAGCAUCAAAUACAUUUGCAAGUAUGUCCAUAAAGGCAGUGACAUGGCGGUGUUUAGAGUGGAAAAUACCAAUGUGAAUGCUCCUCCAGUAAAUAAAAACGAUGAAAUAACGCUCUACCAAAUAGGUCGGUACAUCAGCUCCAAUGAAGCUGUUUGGCGUAUCUUUGGUUUUCCAAUUUAUGAACGGGAUCCAGUAGUUGUUCAGUUAGCCGUUCAUCUUGAAAAUGAUCAGCAUGUAUAUUUCACGAACGAGACAGCGAUUGAUCGUGCUAUAAAUCCACCAAAAACUACACUCACUGAAUUUUUUGAAUUGUGUAAUCGUGCGGAUGAUUUUGGUGCCUUUGCACGUACUUUACUCUAUUCACAAGUACCACGCUAUUUCACAUGGGCUCAAACAAAACAAUGGAUACCCCACAAGCAAGGCUCACCAGUUGAUGCAUGCCCCAAUUUAUUCAAAUCAAACGCCUUGGGGCGAGUAUUUACAGUGAAUCCAAGACAGACUGAGUGCUUUUAUCUUCGACUAUUGUUGGUUAAUGUUACUGGCCCAUUGUCAUUUCAAGAUAUACGUAAAGUGAAUGGGCAACAGUAUACAACGUAUAAAGAUGCUUGUCUUGCACUCGGCUUGCUAGAAGAUGACAAUCAGUGGGAAUGUAUGCUUGCUGAAGCAGCAUUGAACUGUACAGCAAUACAAAUUCGUCUACUAUUCGCUAUAGUGUUGACUACAUGUUUUCCAGCCCGAGCAGAGAUAUUGUGGGAUAAUCACAAAGAUUCAAUGACUGAUGAUAUAUUGCAUCAACAUCGUACACGGUGUAACGAUCUGGCGAUAACAUUCAGCGACGAUAUGUAUAAUGAAGCAUUGAUUGCUAUUGAGGAUCUUUGUAUUAUCAUUGCCAACUUACCACUCAGUCAUUUCGGUAUGAAUUCGCCAAAUCGAGGUGCAACUGAUUUAAUGAACACUGAAAUGAAUCAUGAAAUGCAGUACAACACUGUAGAAACGGCGGCGAUUGUUACUCGCAAUGUCCCACUAAUGAAUGAGGAACAAAGAACCAUUUACGACCGCAUUAUGCUCGCACUUUCAGCAGGACAAGGUGGGUUCUUCUUUUUAGAUGUACCAGGUGGAACUGGCAAGACAUUCCUUAUUUCGCUAAUGGUCGCCAAAAUACGAUCCAAUAAUGGCAUCGCAUUGGCCGUUGCAUCAUCGGGCAUUGCGGCAACUUUAUUGGAUGGAGGCAGAACAGCUCAUUCACUGUAA